CAAAAAGCAAAAUAUUUUUUCUUAAGAUGAAUUUAAAAAUAUUAAAUAAAUUAGAAAGAAUUAAUAAUGUUGUAUGAGACUUUUAAAAGCAUAAAAAUAAUCUUAUACUUUUAAAAAUGUCAUGAAAUAAUUUAUAUUUUUGUAUUUAUAUGUGUUCGUAUGUAUAUAAAUUAUUGAAAUAUUUAUAUUUGAAUGAUAUUUACGUGUUAAAAUUCCAUGCUCAUUCAAAACAUGGACUUAGAAGCAUCUGUAGUUGAGCGUUUACAAAAAUUAAGACAGUGGCAAUUAGAGCAACAAGAACGAUUAUUAAAACAACAACAGAUACAAAGGCAAAUAUUAACUCAGAAACAAGAUUGUAUGUAUAAAGCACUUGAAUUAUCAAUACAAGAACUUGAUCUUAAUAAAGAUAUAUUAGAUACAAAUAAUUCAAAUGAAUUUGUUGAAAAUACUGAGAUUAAUAAUGAAAAUUUAAUUAUGUUGCAUGACAAGCCACAAUUAAAAAAAAAUUAUAUACAAAUAGUAAAUAAAACUGAUUCAUGUCUUAAUGAAAAUAUAGAUAAUAGUUUUAGAAAUGUAAUUUCACAACAAAAAUUACCAACACAGAAGUUCAUUGAAGAUACAAUUAAUAUUGAAAGUCAGAUAAGAAGACAGUCAAAAGAUAAGACAAUGUGUAAUAUAAAAAAUGAAAUAAAAACAGAAAAACAAUUAGAACAAUUCAGUAUAGAUGGAAUAGCACCAUUACCAUCUGAUAAAAUUAUUGUUAAUCGUAUUUCUAUUGAUGAUAUACCAAUUUCCUCUCCUAAAAAAGAUUUUCAUACAUUGCUUGAAGAAAGAUUAAAAGACAGCGAAAAUGAUCAUCUUGAAAAGUUUAAUACUAAUUUAAAGAAUAAAAUUAAAAAGAAGCCAUUUUUAAAAAAGGGAGAAGGUUUAGCUCGAUUUAAAUUGAAUCAACAAUCACAACUUUCCAUACAGAAAACAAAAUUGCAUACUAUGUCAUUUACUAACAAUACAAAAUCUGGAUCUAAAUGUUCUACAAAUGAAAAUAAAUGUAAUAAAACUCAACCCUCAAAGAGUGCACAGUUAUCGAAAAAAACAUAUCAUACAAAUGCAGCCCAAAAACAAUUAUGUUUAAAGAAUGUUUCAUUACCAAAGAAGAAAGUUUGUACUAAAUCUGAGUCCAAUACUUCAACUACAUAUUUGAAAGAUUAUAUCAAUAAAAUGAAAAAUACAGUUGAAUUAAAUACUUCAGAUUUUCAUUCUGGAACUCAAAAAGAAUUAGAAGAAGUACGAAUAUUUGAAUUGUUAGAAGAAAAAGCAGAGAAUUCUAGCUUUUGUUCUACAUCUAGUGCAGUUACUGCAUUCUUACAACAAUCAACACCAUUUAAAGUAAGAAAUGCUGAAUAUAAAACAGAAAAUAGUUUGUAUAAUGCAGAACAAUUUACUCCAAAAAAUAUACCUAAACAACAAUUGGUAAAGUCUAAUCAAAUGCAUAAAAAUAUGAAGUUCAAUGAGGAUACUGAAUUUCAUAAUUUUUCACCUUUUGUAAAUCAGAAGAGAGAAUUUUUACAAGAUGUUAGUGAGGACAAUAAAAUGAAAUUAAAUAGAAAUAGAUAUAUUCUAUUAAGGGAUCAAAUUCAAUCUAUGCAUAAUGAACAAAAUUAUUUUAACAAAAUUAAUGUUCCUAUCAUUGAAAAUGAUAAGAAAGAAGAUGUUAGUCGUCAUGUUAGAUUUUCUGAAUUUAAUGAAUACAAAACAAUUGGAUUAACAGAUACAUCAAGUAUAUCAACUGAGUCAUUAAUAACAAAAAAUUUUUCAGAUGAAAAGAUUUGGAAUGAUUCUUCUGUAGAAGCAUCUAGCACAGAAAUAUUACCAGUAUUUUUUGAAGUUUUACCACAAUCUUCUGUAGUAGUGGAAAGUAAAAUGCAUAAGACACAAACCUGUGAAGAUAUGAUAGAGAAUAAUGAUUUUACUUGUAACACAGAUAUCUGUCAAUAUGUUUACCCUAAAAAUGAAUUAUCAGAUAGUGAGGACCAAACUUUUAAUGAUGAAACAAGUAAUUUGCAUAAAUGUGAUCAAAGUAAUUUAACACCACAAAAGAUCGAUGACUUUUACAAUAUAGAAACAUUAAAAAAACAUACAGGAUUUUGUGACAACAAAAAAAUAGAUGAAUAUGUAAAUAAUUAUGAUAAUGUAGUUGAAGAUCAAGAAAAUAUAAAAGACUUACAAGAAACAGAUGAAACUAUUUUUAAAUCAGAGCUUCUAAAAAAUCGUUUAUUGGAACUUGAACAAGAGAUUAAUAUAUUUCGCAAAGAAAAUACAGCUUUAUCUAUGCAGCGUAAAAAAUUACGCGAAGAUUAUCAAAAUUUACGUAAAGAAUACGCAGAAAAAGAAAAAAAUUUUGAAGAAACUAAAAAACAAAUAGAAGACCGUUUACAAGAAGAAAGAAAAAAGCUAGCACGUGAAAAAUUUGCAUUAGAAAAUAGAAUACGAGAUUCACAAGAAAAAGCUCAACAAAGUAAAUUAGAAAGGCAAGAAAUUCAGAAUCUGAAGCAAGAAAUAGAAAAAUUGGUGGAAGAAAUGCAUAUUAAGGAAAGUAGAUGGAAUGCAGCACAAUCGAGACAAAGAUGUCAAAUGAGAAUAUUAAGAAUAGAAAAUUCAAAACUGAAACAAGAAAUAGAAGAACUACAAAACUUAAAGAAAAAUGUGAGAAAUAAAGGCAGAACUGGAACUUCUACAAAUACAAGAGCAAUUCAUCAAAUUAAUAAACGAAUCAAAAUGCAGUUUAAAGAGCCUGAAAAAAUUAAUGAUGCUUCAUCAGAUGAUGAUAAAAAACUGAUAAAACCAAUACUUAAUGAUCAGAAUAUAGAUAAAGAAAAAGAACGUAAUUGUAAUGGUGGUAAAAAUAUUAUGAAUGAUAAACCACAAAAAAGUCAAACAAGUAUAUCAGAUAUUGUUAAAAAACGAAAUCUAUAUGAAAAUUUAAUCAAAGAAGCAACAUUAGAUUUAACAGAAAUUCCAGAAAAAUUUAAUGCUCUUGAAAAUUUAAAUGAAUCAAGGUCAGAUCCAAAUAAUACAUUAAAAAAAGUAGAUGGUCAAACAAAUGCUAUGAAAAGUAAAUGUAAAAGAUUACAUGAAGAAUGUGAUGUAUCUUUUAAUCAUAAUAAGGACGAUAUUCAAUUACAUAUGCAAAAUGAUUACAAAUGUUUUGAUGAAAAUAAUAAAAAAGAUUUAACAUCAUCAACAGCAGAUAAACUACUUAAUCUAGACAUAGAGGAGAGAUCUUCAUCUUACAGAAAUAAUACUAAUACUGAUAAACAAAGUAUAGUACAGAUUGAACACACAGAUGGCUCUAUUGAAUAUCGAUUUACAAAUGGAAAUAUUAAGAAAGUAUUUCCUGAUCAAGGUAUAACUAAAUUAAUGUAUUAUAAUGGAGAUGUUCGUGAAACUAAUAAAGAUGGAAAAAUAAAGUAUUUUUAUGCAUCAACACAUACAUGGCACACAACAAUGCCAGAUGGUUUAGAGAUUUUAGAAUUUGCUGAUGGUCAAGUAGAAAGAAGAUUACUUAAUGGUACAGUACAGGUAUCAUUUCCAGAUGGUUCAGUGCGAAUCUUAGAGCUAGAUGGUACUGAAAAAUGGACAUUACCAGAUGGAACAUUAAUUCAAAUUCUUACUAAUGGUGAAAAAAUCCUUACUUUACCAAAUGGACAAUGUGAAAUACAUACUAAUACUCAUAAGAGACGUGAAUAUCCUGAUGGAACUAUUAAAUUAAUUUAUCUCGAUGGUACACAAGAAACACGAUAUUCAAAUGGAAGAAUACGUUUUAAAGAUAAAGAUGGUAAUCUCAUAAGGGAUUCUUAUCAAUAAAAAUUAUAUUACACUUAGUAAAAUUGAAAAUAGCAUGCAAUAAUGAAAUAAUGAAAUUUUAUUUAAUAUAUAUUUUUAGUAAUAACAAAUAGUUAAGUAAUUGAAAUUGUAAUUAGAUGUAAUAUUUAAAAUAUGUUGUAUGUAAAUUGAAAUAAAGAUUGAAAUUUUUAUUGUUAACAUAAAGUAUAAUGUUGCUUCUAAAUUGCAAGUAUUUGAUUCAUAACCUUAACAGAACAAAUUAUAUGGUCGAUGGCAUUGCUUUUGAAGUUAAUUAGUAAGGAGAUCGAUCUGAACUAUUCCACAGUCAGUUAUUCAUAUACUAAACAAAUAUUUGAUUUUCAUAGGAAAUCUCAGUCACUAUCUAGAUUCUAGAUAGCGUUUACAUUUAAGGUUUUUAUGAAAUCCCACCUUUAUGAAAAUAGCGUAACAUGCUUUAACUUAUUGUGUACUUGGUUUUGAAUAAUGUUGAUUUAAAAAAUUUGAUUAUUAAUUUAUUAUAACGAUGUCUAUACGUUCAAGUUUUAAGAAAUGGAUUGUAGGAUUUGGCGCAUUAGGUAGUGCGAUGGUCUUUUAUCCACAUGAAAACGAUAAUAAUAACCAAUUAACACAAACGGAUAAAUCCAGGAUAUUUUCUACAUCUUGGAAUUACAACUGGGAUAGGUUAAGAGAUCCAAAAAGUUUAGUAAAACCAAUGAAAAUAGAUGAUGAAUUUAAUCGGAAUAAAUAUAAUAUGCAAUUGAUAAAUAAAACAGCAAAAGCUAUACGUCAUAUAAUUUUAAUUCGUCAUGGGCAAUAUAAUACAGAAGCUAAAACAGAUGCAGAUGGAACACUUACAAUUCUUGGUAGACAACAAGCUGAAGCAACAGGAAAACGAUUGCAAGAAUUAGGUUUCCCAUAUACUUCACUUAUACAUUCAACAAUGACAAGGGCACAAGAAACUGCUAAAAUUAUAGAAUCUUUUCUUAAAAACAUAGCAGUAAAGAAUGAUUCACUUCUUAAUGAGGGUUCGCCAAUUCAACCUGAGCCUCCAUUAUCUAAUUGGAGAGCUGAAAUAAAUUAUUAUAGAGAUGGACCUAGAAUAGAAGCUGCUUUUAGAAAAUAUUUUCAUCGUGCAGAUUUCAGUCAAGAAAAGGAUUCUUAUACAAUUCUUGUUUGCCAUGCAAAUGUUAUUAGAUAUUUUGUAUGCAGAGCAUUGCAAUUUCCACCUGAAAGUUGGUUACGAUUAAGUUUGAAUCAUGCCAGUAUUACAUGGAUUACUAUUUAUCCUGAUGGUAUUGUGAAAUUAUGGGCAUUUGGUGAUUCAGGACAUAUGAAUCCACAACUUUUCUCAUAAUUGAAUUAAAUAUGACAUAUCAUUUUAUUUAAUAAAGUUUAUGUCAUCUUUUAUAUCAUUCGUAUAUAAAUUUUACAAACAUGUAUCUUUUAAAUACUAAUUUUACCAGUGAAAGUUUGUAAUUCAUUAAUAAUUGACAAGUCUAAACUAUUAAAAAUCAAGGACAAUGUAUUCAAAGCCAGAUACAAAAUCAUACAUAUAUUUAUAUUAUGUCUUAUUAUUAGACACCUCUAUCUAAACAAGAUUUGUCUCUUAUGUUCUUGAAAC